AUGGCCUUCCCAGACAAAUCCCAAGAGCAAGGAAAAGGCUUCACGCUCUCGUGCGAAUGCGGCUACAUAACCAUGACGACCCCCUCCCGCACCCCCUCCGGCAUGGCACAUUGCCACUGCCGAACAUGUCAAAAACAAUCAGGCUCGGCGUUUGGAACCUCUGUUUAUUACCCCACCGACCAAGUCUUUCCCUUACCCGUGGCCUUGGAGGCGAAGUUGUCAGUGUUUGAGCACGGGACUGACAGCGGGAACACAAUGAGAUGUUAUUUCUGUCCCAAGUGCGGCGUGAGGAUUAUGCACCAGGGAAUUCUGCCAGAUGGGAGCUGGAGGGAGAUGAUGAGCUUCAAGGCGGGGACGUUUGAUGACUGGCCUGAGGAAGGAGGGCUGAAUUGGGAGGGGAUGGGGGCGAGGCACAUCUGGACGAGGAGUGCGAGGAUGAAUCUUUGUGGGAAUUGGGAGGCCUGGGAGAAGUAUCCGGAUGAUAUGGUUGAUAAGAAGAAGGGGGAGGGGGAGGGGGAGGAGAAGAAGGUGUGA